GCCUUGCAGAACACGACCAUAUGAUGCCGAGUCUCAGAGAACAGGUCGCUGACCUGGAGCGGAGGAAAGUGAAAGAUUAUGACCCCGAAGACGGUGCGUAUUUGCGCGCGAGCGACGACGAAGAGUCUGAAAACGAAGGAGACCUGCAAGAUGAUCUCAGCCGGGCGCAUUACGAAACGGUGGGCAAGAGCAGACUGCGGCGGCCAGAACAACCAACGCUGGACGCAAAAUACGGAGGGGUGGCGGUGAGUCGCAGAGCGCUCGAAGAUGAAGAGGACGACGACCCCUUUGCGCCCGCCGAAGAAGACGAGGAAGAAGAUCCGUUUGCUGCCAGGGAUGAGGACAAUUCUGGCUCUGAAGCGGUCUCGGAAGAGAACGACAACCAGCUGCUGUCAGCCAAGGGUCUCGGUUUCCAGGCUAGCAAGCUGGAGCCACAAAACGUUGUUGAUGAUGAUGGAGAAGAUUCGCGGGAUGAGGCAGAGGAUGAUGGGUCAGACCUGUCAGAGGACCACUCCUUCGACGAAUCUGAUGUCAAGAUGGACGACGACCACGAAACCUCCUCUAUAUCAUCUGCCACCUCACCACCUCCAUCACGAGCUGCGAAAUCCUCCCGGAGUGCGGAACGGGAAGAAUUGAGGAAAGCUGCCUUCGACUCUGCAUCGACCGCGGCACUGGCGUCGGCACUGUCAGCUGGAGCCGCCGCGGACGUGAAAAAGGGCCAAGCCGUCAAGCAACAACGGCAAACCUUUGACCGCCUCCUCGAUGCCCGCAUCAAGUUGCAAAAGGGCAUCACGGCCAUGAACGAGCUGCCGACGUCCUUCGCCGACGAAGAGGAGGAGUUGAAGAGCGCGGCGCAACAAGCUGAGGACGCCGCGCUGGCGCUGUGGUCGACCAUCGACUCGAUACGCACGGCCAUUAUUUCCGCCCGAGACGGGCCUUCAUCUGAUGACAAGGCCGAGGAGAAGACCCUCAAGAGGAAACGCCCUCUCAACCCGACAAAGAUGACCCCCCUCUCGGACAUCUGGGAGCAUUCCACCUCGCUCGAGACACACUCCCACACGCACCGCCGCAGCGUGAUCGACAAAUGGCACGCCAAAACCCAGCCAGUGCUCGACCCGGCCGCCCAGUCCAAACUACUCAAGCCGUCCCACCGGUCCUCUGCGACGUCGCGCCUGACGGACGUGCUCGACGCCUACCUUGCGACCGAGUCCUCCAAGCUCACCGCCCAAUCCUACGCGCCCGAGACGCACACCUAUGACGACGGCCCGUUCUACCAAUCCCUGCUCCGCGACCUGAUCGCCUCGCGCUCCGCCGGUGCGGCCGCGGCGCUCGUCACCGACGGCGCCGGCGUCGUCGCCGCGUCCGCGCUGCCAACCAGACUCCACGUGUCGGGCAGCAAGCACAAGCGGGUCGACACCAAGGCCAGCAAGGGCCGCAAGAUCCGGUACACGGUGCACGAGAAGCUGGAGAACUUCAUGGCCCCCGAGGACCGCACCACGUGGAGUGAGCCGGCCAAGGCCGAGUUCUUCGGCAGUCUGCUGGGCAGGGUCGGGGCGUUGGAUGAGCGGGAAAGGGGAAGUGAUGACGACGCUGACGGAGGGGAUGGGAUACACACAGAUGGGAACGACACGGGAGAGGUCGAAGCAUUGAGGUUGUUCAGGAGAUAGGGCUGCACUUUAGAGGAUGGCAAUUGCUUAAUGAUAUUCUAUUCCAUGGUUCACAC